GUGACGGGGUCYUCUGCAUUUCGGCACAGCUGCGAUCCCAGCCCGGCUGCUUGAUGGAGCCAGCGCUGCCGGGAACCCUCCUCACAGCAGCGUGCUGAGCCGGCCAGGGGAGGCGCGUGGGCUGCCGAGGGUGGCGUGCACUGCAGUGACACGGGAGGAUCCUGCCCUCCGACGGMAGAUGGCUCAGGGCACCGGGAGCAUCAACAGUGACUACAGGGACUGGGAGUGGAGCGCUGAUGCUGGGGAACGGGCCAGGCUCCUGCAGAGCCCCAGUGUGGAGACGGUCCCCAAGAGCGGGGAGAGCCUGGGGGCCACCUCGGCCCUGGGAGCCGUCUUCAUUGUGGUGAACGCUGCCCUUGGGGCUGGCCUGCUCAACUUCCCUGCCGCCUUCAACAUGGCCGGCGGCGUGGCCGCGGGCAUUGCGCUGCAGAUGUGCAUGCUGGUCUUCAUCAUCGGAGGCCUGGUUAUCCUGGCGUACUGCUCGCAGGCCAGCAACGAGCGCACCUACCAGGAGGUGGUGUGGGCCGUGUGCGGGAAGGUGCCUGGCGUGCUCUGCGAGGUGGCUAUUGCCGUCUACACCUUUGGCACCUGCAUCGCCUUCCUCAUCAUCAUUGGAGACCAGGAGGACAAGAUCAUCGCCGCGCUGGUGACGGAGCCCGAGGGAGCGGGGAGCUGCCCGUGGUACACAGACCGCAAGUUCACCAUCAGCAUCACCGCCUUCCUCCUCAUCCUGCCCCUCUCCAUCCCCAAGGAGAUUGGCUUUCAGAAGUACGCCAGCUCUCUGAGCGUCAUCGGCACCUGGUACGUCACCGCGGUCAUUAUCAUCAAGUACAUCUGGCCUGACAAGGAGCUCGUGCCUGUGGAGAUCCCUACCAGCCCCUCCACGUGGAUGGCCGUGUUCAACGCCAUGCCCACCAUCUGCUUCGGAUUCCAGUGCCACGUGAGCAGCGUGCCCGUCUUCAACAGCAUGAAGCAGCCAGAGGUGAAGACCUGGGGGGCGGUGGUGACGGCGGCCAUGGUGAUCGCGCUUUUUGUCUACAUGGGCACUGGUGUCUGCGGGUUCCUGACUUUUGGCACGAGCGUGGACCAAGACGUGCUGCUCUCCUACCCCUCCAACGACAUCCCCGUGGCUCUUGCUCGGGCCUUCAUCAUCCUGUGUGUGCUGACAUCCUACCCCAUCCUGCACUUCUGUGGCCGGGCUGUCCUGGAAGGUCUCUGGCUCCGCUACACUGGUGUGACGGUGGAGGAGGAUGUGGUGCGGGAGCGGCGGCGGCGCCUGCUCCAAACUGUCACUUGGUUCCUCCUGACUCUCCUUCUGGCUCUGUUCAUCCCUGACAUCGGCAAGGUCAUCUCUGUCAUCGGUGGCUUGGCCGCCUGCUUCAUCUUUGUCUUCCCAGGGCUUUGCCUGAUUCAAGCCAAACUCUCCGAGAUCCAGGAAACCCGAGCGGUCAGCUGGUGGGCUCUGGUCAGCUAUGGGGUGUUCAUGGUCACCCUCGGAGCCUUCAUCUUUGGACAGACCACUGCCAACGCCGUCUUUGUGGAUCUCACAGCCUGACUCCUUCUCCAGGCUGCUCCAUGCUGCUGCUGAGGGGAAGUAGAUUUCCCAUUGGACUGGAGGGGUGGGAGGAGAGAGAAAAAAAAAAAAAAAAGGGGUAUAUAGGGAACAUGUAAGUGGAAUGUUUUAAUUUGGGGCUUCUCUUAAAAGCCCUGCUGGGACUUGCAUCUCACUGUCUGACCACGCCGGUGUUGUCCUCCAGCUCAUUGCUGCAGUGCCCCUGCCCCUGGGCCGCACUUGCUGCUGCCGGGGUGGGAAUUCUGCCCCGAGGCUGACGCUGCCGGGCGCCGCGUGGGGAGCGACCCCCGGGGCGACGUUUGCGCUGCCAACCACAUGGCUGGUGUUUAUGCUGCCAGGCAGAGGUUAAAGGCGCCCUUGGGGAUGAGGCCGCCUGUGCCGAUGCUUUCAUGCGGCUCCCGGGCCGCUGGCACUCCGAGGUGCUGCUCCCACUCGGGAUUCUUCCCCCUUAGCCUUUUCAGGCAGUUUUCCUUCUGUUCCGGAGCGCUUGCUCUGCGCUGGGCAGUUCCCCCAGCUGCACAUCCAGCGGGGGCAGCGAAACCUCCACAGAAAAGCGCCCCKUGCAGCUUCCUCGGUGGUGGCCGGCUUCUAAAGCCCCAGGGCAGGGACGAGGUUCUGCGAACAGUCGCUGCAGCCUUGCCAGGCCUGGCUUGUGGCGGUGCCCCCGGCAGAGGCGGCCCCGGGCCUGGCCUGGCGCGGUGGGACAGUGCCCGGGGAGGUGCCCGUGUGUCCCCUGCCGGGUUCCUGCUCCCCGGAUCCCUGCCCCCGGUGCCUGCCUGGGAGCCACGAAGGGGGCCGAGUUUCGCGGGCUCUCUCGAGACCAAGCCGGGCUCGAGGCCGUGCUGUCCGUGAGCAACACGGCUUCCUUUUGCCGGGCAGGAGCAGCAGGCGUUUGAAGCAGGGGUUUCAAGCAAAGCUGUGUCCAUCACAGGGGCCCCGUGUCUUUGCCUGCUGUACGUAGACACGGCGGGAGCCACAGAGGUGCUCGCUGCCCUGGCAGGGGUAAUAGGGCGAUGUGGCUGCUUCUCUGCUGGCCUUACCGCUCCUGGSACUGUUUACAAAACGUCGGACUUUUUAUGUAUUUUCUACG